UCGCAGGGAUAUGACGUCACCUCACGCACACACGUGUUUGUGGUCCGACGAGCUGCUGCUUCUCCUCAGUUCAGCACCUCGGCAGGAGAGAUAUUGAAGGUAAAAAUGUCGUCGAGCUGCAGGAGACCCGAACACAUGGCACCGCCAGAAGUGUUCUACAAUGAAGCGGAGGCCAAGAAGUACUCUCAGAACUCUCGUAUGAUAGAGAUCCAGAGUCAGAUGUCCGAGAGGGCCUUGGAGCUGCUCAGCCUGCCUGAGGGCCAUCCCUGUUUCCUGCUGGAUGUCGGGUGUGGCUCCGGGUUGAGCGGCGACCACUUGACCGAGGAAGGCCACUGCUGGGUUGGGAUUGACAUCAGCACCGCCAUGCUGGAUGUUGCAUUGGACAGAGAGGUUGAAGGUGACCUUGUCUUGGGGGACAUGGGCCAGGGGAUGCCUUUCAGGCCUGGUACCUUUGAUGGCUGUAUCAGCAUCUCUGCCCUGCAGUGGCUUUGUAAUGCAGACAAAAAGACCCACAGCCCCCCAAAGAGGCUGUACACCUUUUUCAGCACCCUAUACUCAUCACUGACCAGGGGUGCCCGUGCAGUAUUUCAGAUCUACCCAGAGAACUCAGAACAGCUAGAGCUGAUCACAGCCCAGGCCAUGAAGGCUGGCUUCACAGGGGGGAUGGUGGUGGAUUACCCUAACAGCACCAAAGCCAAGAAAUUCUUCUUGUGCCUGUUUGCUGGUGUGUCAGGAGUCUUACCCAAGGGGCUGGAUUCUGAUACCGCAGACCGAGGUGUUCCAAACCAAGUUCAGUUCUCUGGACAGAGGUCUCGCUUCAAGAACAUGAAGGGGAAAUCGGUGAAGAAAACCAGGGACUGGAUCCUUGAGAAAAAGGAGAGAAGACGAAGGCAGGGCCGCGAGGUUCGUGCUGACACCAAGUACACCGGCCGGCAGAGGAAACCGCGAUUCUAACUUUGACUGCAGCAUUUUACAAAGUGAGGAACAUUUUUACCUGCGUGUGCCUGGAGGUAUCAAAAGACUAUUGACACUUCACUGAUGUCACAACAAGGUGGUGCUAUUCAGAGGGACCCCCUUGUCAUUCUCACCUUUGGACUGGCUCUUGAUGGACAGUACUUUCAUGGUGAAGGAAGGACUGCCCCUGUGUCCUGUCCACCUCAGGACAUGGCUCUUUAGAAACCCUGUAAAAGUCAAAUUCUUCAACAGGCAAAAGAUCUGGAACUAAAGACUGUCCAAAAGUCAGUGUUUUUGUUGACUUCUUAAUGAGCUGAUGUGCCUUGUACAGCGAGACUGCAGUUUCUGGACAUGAUUCAUUCCAUAAAAUGAAUCCUUAAGGCAGUAGUGUGGAUGACAAAGUCAUAAUUCCCGUUAUUUCUUAUGAGGAAAAAUAAGUGAUUGAAAUCUUGGUAUGCUUAUACACAAAAUAUGUGCUCUUAUGCUCCUUUAUUUCAGCUUUCAUUGACUUUUACAGUUUUCAACCAAUUCACAUAUUUAAAAAAAAAUUAGAAGAACACUGAAGUAAAUGGAAAUCGGAAGAGAGCAGUACACAACAGGAUGUUACUGCCAAACAAAUGACUAAUAUAUCAUCCUUUCCCAUCAUCCUCAGUGCUGUUAGGAAACGGCAGAUGUCUCGUGCACAAUUUAAAAUGGUCCAUAAGGACUUUGCGACACCGAGAAGUCCGGGAAAUCAGGGACAGUGUCUAGAUAGCAAGAGGUUGGGGUAGUAAUUUUUUUUUGCAUUGGUUAAGAAUAUGCUAAUAUAGUCAAUAUUCCUAUUCACUAUCAUCUCCUUUUAUAAAAUAUGCCACUAGGCCUACUGCAUUUUCUCUGAAUGCUUAUUUAUUCUUUUCGGUAAGUGGUGUCAGACUCUGGUUCUUGUAAUCUGCGGUCCUGUGUAUAGACUAUAUGAGAUUUACAGUUGCAACACCAAGUGAAUUCACCUACUCCUCAGAUAUUUACUUGUCAGUUUUGACUAUGCUUAAAAGAAUCAAACAUGGUAUUUCUUAUUCAUAAUAAAUGUGCAUUAUAAAAUAUGCAUUCUUUGUACAGGAUUUGAACUUGUGGUUUCCGUGUUUCAAAGUAGGUAAAGUAAGGUAAA